GCGGAGCAUGUAAAUUUUACCAACGAUCAUGAACGAGUUGUACAACUUGUGAGUUGUAGGCCUAGUUGACUAUUAAGUAAAUUCAGUUGUAAACUUCACAGUAGUGAUGUGAUCUUGGGUAUAAUUUCUGAAGAAAGUUUGAGCAGAGGUAAAAUAGUAUCCAUAAUUCUGUGCCGAUUGCUAGUUGUAGAAUUCAACGAAAGGGGAGUUGAAAAGGAAAUGCCGACCUAGGCCCACAUCAUCGAUCUGCAUUGUAACCAGUUCUGCUCAGACAUGUCUGUGAAGGCCAAUCGUCCAUCAUCACACCUACAACAGUUAUCAACGGAUCGCGGCUUCUCGUCGGCAGGAGACAAACACCAGCACAGGACCAAAGGCAAAGAAAACCACCACCCUGCCGUACCCCUGACACCCCAUGGGAACGGCCUCAACACCCCCAAGCGGGAUCUCUUCCGCACCCCGACACAGCGGUUCAAGUCAGAGGCCAGGACCCCGCUGGGAACUCCGGAGUGCUUCAGUCGUGUGGAGUUUGAGACACCCAAGGUCAAGAGUGGGGCAAGAUGGUCCGGAAUGGGGGACAAUCCCCUGAUCGGGUCGCAUGAAGGUGAUGGCUUCAGUGUCACUGUUGCUGUGAGAGUCAGGCCAUUCAGUGAAAAAGAGAAAAAGCAGAGGGACGUUAGAUGUGUGGUGUCCAUGGAUGGAAACGAAACCACUGUCACCACCAGACCUGGCCAGACCAGCAGCUUCUGCUAUGACCUCUGCUUCUGGUCAUUUGACAGGGUCAAAGGUCAAUAUUCUGGUCAGGAAAUGGUCUAUGAGAGACUUGGGAGACCACUUCUAGACAAUGCAUUUGAGGGCUACAAUACAUGUCUGUUUGCUUAUGGGCAAACUGGUUCCGGAAAAUCCUACACAAUAAUGGGUUAUAAUAAUGAAACAGGCAUCAUCCCAAGAUUCUGCAGAGAGCUCUUCCGUAGAAUCGACGAAAAUGGCCAAGAACAAAGGGCCAAGUACACUAUUGAGAUCAGCUUCUUUGAAAUCUACAAUGAGAAGAUCCACGACUUGCUUGCAGCCUCGACAGACACCGACAAAGACGCCGGCAAGAAGCGGGCAACACUGAAAGUCCGGGAACAUCCAGUACUUGGACCCUAUGUAGAAGGUCUCUCAACGUUCGUCGCUAAUUCUUACGGAGACAUCCACAGCUGGAUUGAGCUGGGCAACAAGCAGCGAGCCACGGCCGCCACAGGGAUGAACGACAAGUCCAGCCGCUCCCACUCAGUCUUCACCAUCGUCAUGACAAAGACCAAGGCCGAGAUAAUUGAGGGGGACGAACACACCCACAACGUGACCAGCAAGAUCAACCUGGUCGACCUGGCCGGAAGCGAGAGAUGCAUCUCGGCUCAGACCACUGGAGACAGACUCAAGGAGGGAGCCAACAUCAACAAGUCUCUGCUGACUCUGGGCAAGGUCAUAUCGCAUCUCGCCGAGAACUCUGCGCUCAGAAGGAAGAAGUUCUUCAUACCCUACAGAGAUAGCGUCCUCACAUGGCUCUUGAAGGAGAGUCUCGGGGGUAACUCCAAGACGGCCAUGAUCGCCACUAUCAGCCCCUCCAGCCUGCAUGUGGAGGAAACCCUGAGUACCUUACGCUAUGCCAAGCAGGCCCGCUCCAUCAUCAACCUGGCCAAGGUCAAUGAGGACCCCAAGGCCCGACUCAUCAGAGAGCUGCGAGCUGAGAUUGAGCGGCUGCGAGGCCAGGGCUUCACCACCCCAACUCGUGGGGCCCCCCACCAAUCAGGGCAGGAUGCCCAGAGAGAUGCAGCGACUGACACCCACACGGAGGCCAUCAAGGAAUCCCUGGCCGAGAUAACGGAGCUGAGGAGGAGGCUGGCCCAGUCGGAGCGGCACAUGAAGGAGGCGGAGGGAUCCUGGAAGGAGCGACUGGAGGAGAGCGAGAAGAGACGCAUCCGAGAAAUCCAAGAGAUGGAGAAAUCCGGAGUAGCCUUCAAGUUCGACAACACACUGCCCAACCUGGUCAACCUGAAUGAGGACCCCCAGCUAUCUGAGGUCUUACUGUAUGUCCUGAGAGAGGGACAGACCAGGCUAGGGAAGACGGACGAACAUUCCGGUCACCAGAUACAGCUGGCUGGAGCACUGGUGGCCGAUGACCACUGUUUGAUCACAAACAAAGAGGGUACUUUGACGGUGAGACCUGUGGGCGAUGCACAGACAUUUGUCAACGGUCAACUCAUCUCCAGAACACAUCCACUCAAACAUGGCGACAGGCUGGUGGUCGGUGAUCACUACUUCCGGUUCAACCAUCCUGGACAGGUCCACGACAGGUCCAAGGUUUCUGAUAGCUCGGUCGGUCAUGUGGAUUUUGAGUUUGCCAGAAAUGAACUGGUCGCAGCUCAGAGUGCCAGGUUGGAAGCAGAAAUCGAGGAGGAGAGGCUGAGGAACCACCAAGAGAAAAUCGAAGGGAUAAAACGGGCUCAGGAAGCUGCACAGCUGGAACUUGACAAGCAAAAAAAGAAGUACGAAUCUCAAAUACAACAGCUCUGCCUGCAGUUGGAGCAGCAGCUCGAAGAAAAGGAAGGCCUUGAUCAAGACCACCAGAACACCGAGAAACAGAUACAGGAGCUCAAAAUGGAAAACAAGAUAUUGGAGAGCCAGGUGACCAGCAGCCGGCGUCGGUUAGAGAUGGAGGUGCGGGCCGCCCAGCAGAACCUGGCCCAGACGGAGGCCUACCAGUCCCGCAUCUUCCUGGAGCUGGAGCGGGAACGAGAGAAGGCGGAGACGGAGGCGGAGAGGGUGCGGCGGGCCCGGGAGAGGCGGCGAGAGAAGGCCGAGAGGAUGGGGGCCGGAGAACUGGCCUCGGCGGCCAAGAGUAGGCGGAGUCUGCUACAGCUGUCCAUGUGGCUGCAGGAAGCCAACAACAUCAGCAGGAAGCUGGUCAAGCACACUGUGUUCAACCGUUAUGAUGUGUCGUUUGGUGGAGGGGGUUCCGCCUCCCAGGACCUGCAGGCGUCAGUCCAGGUCCGCGUCACCAACAGCCGACUGGGCAUUGUCACCUACUGGUCCCUGGCCAAAUUUGAGGACAGGCUCAUCCAGAUGAGGGAGAUGUUUAAGUGUGCGGAGAGGGGUAGGGAUUCCACCGAUGACGACGUUUUCUACAAUCCCAGUGACGACUGGGAGAAAGACUACAAGAUAGAUUCACCAGUGACUCCUUCAAAAAGGGUUUUCAGCAGUUCCUACACCCCCAGCCGAUGGGCUUCCCUGACCAGUAGUAGCACUGGUUCCCCACGGCCCGGCUCCACAGCGAGUCUCGGAAGUGCAAAUGGCAAGAGGGACUCCGUCAACGGCCUAGGACUGGCGAGUCUCUGCAGGACGUUGCUGAAGUCCUGCCUGACCAGCCGGCCACGCACCCAUGAGGAGACCAUCGCUGACUGCAUCUUGGGAGCCAUGCAAAGGGUCAACAGGGCCGUGGCUGGACUGCAAGAGGCCUAUGCUACCCGGAACGAGGCUUUUGUCAGUUCUGGUGAUAUCUCUGGUUCUCUGAGCUCGGACCAGAUGCUUCUGCAAGCCACCUGCUCCAUGGAACUCCUGACUGCUCUGAUCUCCAUGUGGGAUUUGAACCCCGGACGCUCAGAUGGACAUCUGGAAGCUCCGGCUGAUGAGUCCGAGGGGGAACUCCUGGAGCAGAUGGCCGACACCUGCCGGAAAGCGGCCGGACAUCUGAUGAAACUCUUACAGGGUUGCGAUGGCGACAUUGACAGCAUGAUUGCUGAAGCCAGCACCAAGAUUGCCCAGUGCCUGGUCUUCCUGGCUAGGCUUGUGGGCGAGGCCUCCAUGAAGGCACACUUGAAUGUGCUGACAUUUAGAGAUGUGGAUGAUCGGCAGGAAAAUGAAAUAGUGGACCCCGAGCUGAAGCAAGGGUUCCUCAACGGAGCCGACGUCCUGGUCGACAGGACGCUCCAGCGAGGCCUGAAGGCCGUGACCAGCUGCGAGGCGGACCUGCAGGUCAUUCUGGGACCGGACAGCCAUCUGCCUCAGCUAGCGGACAGCGCCCUCCAGCACUGCCUCACCACCACCACCUCAGCCAAGAUCCUGCUCCACAAGUGCCAGGAUGUCCAGUUUGAGCUGGCAAGUGUGCUGGAUGGCCGGGACAAGCGGCUGGACAGUGCCUACGGCCACGGCUACCGGCGGGCCGGCCAGCUCAUCCUGCAGGCCAGUCAGCUGACCAACACUGUUGUGGCCAUCAACAGAAUUGCAAGUCCACUUGCAGCCGCAGGGGAAGUCAUCGACUGGUGUCAGCUGUUGCUCCUUGUCCAAGCUCUCCUUCAAGUGGGCCCUGCUCUGGCAGCUGCUGCCUCCUCCUGCUGCCUCCUGCCCACCCCCUCCUGCAGCGAGUGCUCGGACGUCUCGCUGGAGUCCUCUGUCUCCUCGGCCACCCUGGCCUGUCGGCCCAACCACUUGGUGUCACUGGCUGGUCAGCAGCUGGUCCAGUCCCUGGCCAGGUUCCAAGAGUUUCUGGUUAGCCAAACUCAGGACGGUUCAGGUACCCAAAUUAACUAGACAAUGGACAUGUACAUGCAUAAAUUAUAUACUUCUGUUCAAACCAAGUGGCUGUAACCUAUUAUAAUCAGGAAUCCAUUUUUUUUCAUCUAUUAGCUGAAAGAGCUGAUUUCCUCUUUUUUGACUUCCCUACCUUUCUGUAGUGUUGUUGGUAUUCACAAAUCUUUGCGCGUCCAAAAUUUACAAAUUUGGCAAAUUAUAUAGCCACGCUAAAUUAUUUUUCCAGCAAUGUGUGUGUAAAUAAAUAUGCCUUUAUUAUUGAUUUUUUGAAAAUAAUAGCAGCAAACUCAUGUAGAACCGGAAUAUGAGCACAGUGAUUCUUGAGUGAAUUGAUUCACUCUGCCCAUACUAUACAUUCCCAGGAAUAUGACGUUUAUGUUGGUUUGCUUGGUGGAUAUGAACAAAGUGUGGUAAGGUUUGCUGUAGCACGAUGGAUGUUAGUCUCUUGUGUCAGUUGUCUUGCUCUGAAAGAACCAACUGAAUUUAUAGAGCGAAGGGGAUUUGACAUUGUUAAAGAGGAUUUAACAGUGUUGAAAAGCAGGGUUCUAUUUCAUGAAAAUUGCUUCGCACAGAUAGGCAAGCAUGAACAUGGGAAUAUAAUAAGACUUAUAAGUUGAUGGUGAGCACAGGAGAACUAGGUGAGAGACACCCACAUUGUAUUAAACUUGUCUUUGCUUACUAGUAAACUAAGCUAAGCAGCUCUUGAAAA